CCACCUCCAUUGGAGCUCCAGGUGGAUGCCGCGCAUCAUCUCCAAGACCAACCUCUAAUCAAUCGUCGCUUCUUCCACACAAAAGAGGUGGCCUGCGACCUUCAACUGUAGCUAAUAUCAUCGCAUCUAGGUCCCGGAAAUUGCAGCAUCCUUUGGACUAUUGCCCUUGACCAACAUUCGCAUUCUGCCCACAGGCAGCUUCAGGUACUCGACCGGACAAAUUACGCUGCUCUAAAUAUGGAGGGGCCCGACAAUGAAGAUAACAUUAUCAUGGUGUGCGGAAUCACAGCUCUUGAUCCGAUUAACGACAGGACGCUCGUAUCCAAUGCCUUGAGAAGCCAAGGUAGUGUCGAGAGGGUGGUGGACGACUACUUCACGAGCGAAGCCUCCUUUCGGAGCAAAUAUGCAACGGCAUGGAAUGAUUCGGCAUUCUCUGGCGAUCGAGACGAUUCGCAGAACGGGCAAGCAUUUGCAUAUAACAUUCAAGGCCCCGAUCAGGUUCCCACGUCUCGCCGAAAUUCAGAAGAAGGCGCUCAGCCAUUUCCUCGACCGCCCUCGCGCACGAACAACACGACCCCGUUGAACGGCCUGACAGAUUACGCUGCCCAGAACGCAGGCAUCCAGCCAUCGCUCGCACAGCAAGAAGAGGACAACCUACAGCGGGCGAUAGAGGCGUCACGCCGGGACGUUGCUGGGCUGCCCGAGCUCGACUACCAGGGCCAACAAGAGGCCGGUGUCCUAGGCGCAGACGGAACAGUACAACCCCAAUUUGGACCAGCUACCCGGCGUCACUACGAUGCAGAGUCCUGGAGCUUGGUUCCAUUGUCGGAUCACGCGGUCCCGGCCUCGCAACGAAAGCGCCAGCCAGAAGUACCCGCAUUCAUUCGAGGUGGUGUGCUUGGGGGAUACUUGACGAUUCUUCACUCAAUACCCACGGCGCGCAACUUGCUUUUGAAGAAAGGCGAGGAGCCACAAACUUGCGCGCACAACCCUCAAUGGUGGAACGGUCAAUGGGAGAAGUCGAGUCCUCCUGCUGAAGAUCUCAAAGAGUGUGAUGUGGAGAGUCCAUCUUUCAUCGAGAUAGAACUCGAAAUAAAGCGCUUGAUGGCCUUCCUGGACGACACGGAACGGAGCUAUGCCAGCUGUGAGAAGAUUUCCGAGCAUCUGGGAUCUGCAGUGUUCGGGGACUUUAACUCAGUUACCGAGAGCUUCAAUUCCUACCUCAACUGGGGCGAUGAAGACAAUGAUAUCAAGGAGAAGUUUUGCUCGACGAUUGAGUCGAGAUUGCCUGACGGAGAGGUUCUGGAGAAGUCUAAGUGGUCAUCACUGGUAGCCAGGAACGUUAGAGACGAGAGUCUCAGCCAGUCUACCUUGUAUGAGCUCAUCGAUAUGAUGCUCUGGGAGGAUCUGUAUGGGAACGACCGGCGUGGGGUCACGUCUGUUUUGGCCGACACGGCCGACGUCUUCACUAUUUCGGUCAACUCUGAUGCAAAUGCAGGGAUUGUCCAGAUUCCAGAGGAGUUUUACCCCGAGAGGUGGCUUGACAGCCGCUUUGAAGAGGCUCUAAAAAUCCAGAAAGGCUUACGAGACACACGAAAGAGCUAUCUGGAAGCAUCGAAAAAGAGAAUGAACCUUCCGACAUUCCAUGACCCCGUGGCGGGGACCCGAGUACGAAAGAGAGAAUACCUCGAGAAAACGGAGGGGCGGCUUCGGGUAUACAAGGAUUAUGUUGAGGGACGGGCGCGAUUUCGGACUGUCGCCAACUCGGACUACGAAGUUGAUCGAUAUCCCGACUAUCGCCUAGCCGAGUUCGAGUUUACAGCUGAGGAGACAACCUUACAUGAUAGAGUGGCAAGGGCGGCUGAGUAUUGCACAUCUGCCCUGGAGCAUCAUGAGAGCCAAACGACCGCGGCCAAUUUGGAACUCGAGAGGAUCCGGGCCAAGCAGAAGUUCCUCGGGCGUCUCUUGACUGAACCGAACAAACCAGGCCGACCGAAACCGAUGAUCUGCAAGAAGUACACCUUACGAGGUAUCGCCACGGAUGAUGCUGUGUACCUGCGCAAAGAGGCAGAUGGCGACCUGAUCGAGCUGGAUGAUGUUCAGCAAACGACGGAGAGUCAGUGGUGGCGGCUAGCGCAUGACGCUAGGAGCAACCCCUAUCCCGUCACGACUGAGUUACUGUCGUUUGAAGAAAUGCACAGUCGAGUUUGGACAGAUUCCAAGCAACCGAUGAUCGUAUAUUCGACGGACGAAACCACGAAGGAGCAGAGAGAGGCGUUGCCAGCGGCUCUUGGGCGCUUCGUUAAAGUCGACAACAAGGCCUUUCGCCAAGAAUUGCAGCAGGAGGAAACGAUGGAGCAGCCAGGGGAUAUGAUUACGAUGUUUGACUCCACGUCACCGAGCAAGCGCAAGCACAGGGAUAGUAUUGAUUCGAUGGCUAGCAACCGACCUUCAGUAGGUGGUAGCGAGCGCGAUCCAUUCACCAGCGACUGGGCGCCGGACUCGGAAGCGGACGAGCCAAGUCAGAAGCGUCGCUCGCCGCAGGACGAUGAGGUGUCACCGCCGCUUCCCCAGAGACCCGGGUCAGCACAGCCGAUGGAGCUUACAAUGCCAGUGAUUGAUGGCGUUGAACCACCGGAGGAAGAACCUGUCACGGAGAUCCACGUCGAUGAAAAGGCUGUACAGUCGACCGACUCCAAGGCGCCCGAGAUGCAAGAGAGGCAGCAACCCGGGAACGUCACACAAUUCCUCAGCACUGACGGGGACAAGUCGCCGGCUGGAGAGCAGCAAGAUCAGGCGCGGAUGGACCUACUUUGAUUGUCCUGGGAUGAUUCGGUCACUGCAUGGAGUAAUAGAGGAUUGUCCGUCGGGCUGACUAGCAAACAGCAUUUUCCGGUAGUUCUAGCAUUUGCGAGGACGACUCGAGCGUUGAUUUGAUUAUGAUACGUACGGGUAGCCUAACAAAGCCAUGAUGCCUCGUCACUCAUUCGCGGUGCACCAGUAAUGGCACUGUGCAUACUGUGCCAGGUACCGCGACCGUCUCUCGACUCCUCGAGGCUCAAUGCGGCUCCGUUAUCUCCAAGUGGCGGGCAGGGGUGCUCACGCCGGCUUGAUUAACAAUAAGUUUCACUAAGUAGCUUGGG